AUAGAAAGAAACUUUCCAUUAUUCCAGUUGCGUUGACUUUGAAUCGCAAAGUCCUUUGUCUCCAUUUAUUUAGUCCAUUCGAAUUUGGCCAGGGAGAAAAAUAGAACUAGCCGUAACCCCUCACACGACUAAAUUUUCCCUUAAAUUCAAUGGAACUCGACGCAUAUUUUCGACACACCUCGAUACUUUGGACUCCGACGAGGACGUAUCUCGAGGGAUGCUGUGACUAGUGCGCAGAUGCAAGAGAUGCGCCCAUUGAUUCCUCUGGACAGGGAAAGGUUGUGUUUCAGGAGGACAGGAGUGCAUUCAUUGCGUAUAAUCAUUAUUAUGCUAUAAAAUAGAUCAGCAAUUAGAGCUCAUAAUAAUUAUUUCAAUAGGAGUAUUUUCAGUUCCGUGCAAAUCGGCUAAUUACAGAACCCAAUUAACUAUCAUAGAUUUCGUGCCGAAACCAACAAACCGGCUUUAAACAUAAUCAUAGGAUUAGUUCGUUAUACAGUCACGAUAUUUAUGUAGUUUUAACCUAAACAUAACCUCACAUGUUUCGUGUCUUUUUCUUUUGCCGUGCAAGCUACAAUAAGCGAAACAAGGAGGUGUGGUGUAUGGUACCUAAUUACAUAGAAAAUACAUUCAAAAAAAAAUCACAAAAAGGGUCUUCCGGCUUUGGCAUGUCAGUAAAUCGGAAGUGGACAAGGAGUUUUAGCAAUUCAAACGUAAUAAUAAAUUGUUUCACUACAUUUAGAUUUUCAUUUUACAUCGAAAACCCAGUUAGGUAUCUACUGGAAUUAUUUGGAUUUCGAAAACUUUUACCUUCGUAUGACGCAUAUUACAGUUUUUGAGUACUUAGUUGAAUUGUAAAAGGUAUACCUAUGAAAAAAAAAACACCUAAUAGACAUAGCGUGUGCUGUGCGUUUACCUAUAAUAUAAGUAUUGCUAAAACGCUCAAAUAAAUGAAAAGCGACAUUAACUUUAUUUGUUUCCACUCUAUAUUACACAGAAACACGAUUUUGUAUAGAUCACAUCCGAUUAUUUCAGCUCUUUAUUGCAUAUUGCGUGUUAGAGUGGGUUAAGCAACACUUUAUUCAUCAAAGUGAAUUUUUGAAACACCCUUGAAAUGUUUAGAAGUAAAGACAGAUCCAGAAAAAAUGUGAAACUAAAAAUGGACGAACUGGUGUUGCCGAACUCGAAGCUGAAAUUUUGCGUGGAUCAGCUGCAAAAUUUGAAUUUCAUUUUCAAUAAACGCUUGGAAAGGAGCGGCAGCGACGAUAACGAUGCGGACCAUAUGAGCUUCGAAAAAUCCAUUUUGCUCGCCAAAUCGGUAGCCGAGAGGCUGAUGCAAAGACUUUUGUGUGGGGCAGCUCAAAUCGAUGAGAGAUUUGCCUCGAAAUUUUUAAUUAACAAUCGAGUAGACCAUAAUAAUACUCAUUCAACUCACUUGGAAUACCUGGUACGCCUGGACGCUCUAUCGACCCCACUAAUCUACCCCACGGACGAAAAUCCUACCUACGAAAUUUUGGAAACCGACAAGGAUUGUCCCGCAGGCUACGCCCGAAUCAGACUGAAUUCUCCUACCCACGCCAGAUGGGAGGAAUUUAUAAAUUCCUUCGGCUUCCUCAGAAGGGAUCGUAUCCAAGCGAAAUUCGUCGAACUCUUAGCCCAGGCUGCUGGCAGCGACUUGCCAAGCUCGCCAUUGCAAGUGGACGAGUCCACAAUGUGUGGUACGCCUGGCAAAAUCGUCGAUCCGGCGACAAUGUACCACAUUUUGAAGGUACCGGCCAAGGAGCAAGUGUUUUACGGGCCCGGUGGAGGCGUGCCUCGGUUUCCGGAUACCAGAGACUUUCGUUUGGCAAUCGUGGACGAACCUAACGGAAUUAAGCUUAAAAUCGAAUUUCUGUCGCCAGCUUUGUCGCAGAUUACCAUUAAGGUUACCAUUUUGGUUGCGAUCGGAGUGGACGCUUGGCCAGCUGCGAGCGAUUUUCCUGCUAGGGUCCCACUAGGACAUUCGGAUUGUUUGUUGACCUAUCAAGCAGCUCAAACGGGUAUGUACCUGGUCGGGUAUGGAGUGCACUCUUCCGCCUGGCAAGUACGACUACCAGCUGCCGAGUUUGUGAUGUUGAAUUAUUACGGCCCUAGUAGUACCGUUAGGACUAUUUUGGAUAUACUCUAUGAGGUUCUACACGACAUAAAUAAUUUGAGAAGAUAUCAGAAACCUACGUCUUACAAAAUCCUCAACAGAUACAUGCUCUUCACUUUACUGAUGGAAGCACUAGAAGAAAAUUCAACUACACCAUUCGCCGACAUGUUAAACUGGUCCCCCAUGUAUCUAUCCUCGCUAGUACUCAAGCUCCUAGACAGAGCCAUCUCGAGAUUAACUUCGGAGUUCCAACCUAAUUAUUUUUUCAAAAAAGCCAACCUUCUCGUCAACCCUGGCCAUUUGAGCGACGACGACUUCAUAAUCGAAGCCAACAACCUCAAAAAUUACUUGCUGAGGCUUUUCGACGAGUCUCUAACGUCCAACAAAACCAACGAGGACUUUGCCAAUAUGCUCCUAGCCCAAGAAACCGAAUUAAGUCUCAUAUUCAAAUGGAAAAACCUAGUUGAAGGCCUCGUCCCUCCUAAAGCCACCAGAAGUCGACGGCUUUGCUUUGCCGGCUCUAGAAACAGCAGUCACAUCGCUCACACUCAAUACACUGCUCGUCAAUUGGAGUAUAUUGGCCUGCUUUUGCACAACAUGCUUAAAGUGAGGAAAUACAUUUGGCAGCCUCACAAUAACGAGCUGGACAAUGAGGACGAUGAGCAUUAUCUAGAAGACAUAAUUUUUGUGUUGGUAGCUCUUUUAGACCAAGCCCGAGACCAGUAUUUGAGCCUCCAAAAUCCAAACAUUGUCAAAAUUAAAGCUAAUUAUAGUAAUUAUGUUUCAAAAUUGAUCGAUUUAAUUAGAAAGGAUAAGGAGUUUGUCGCAAGAAAUCUCCACGAAGACCAAAUUCUCGUCAAACUCAUAUUGAAGUGGCUCUAUAAGGCAAUGGACCAAAACAAAAAAUACUUCGCCCCUAUUUUACGGCCCUAUUUGAAUAACGUGUUCAGCACUAGCCAUCACGUUUCGUUUCAUCUAGAGCUCAUCAAGGAACGCUCGAGAACCGACGAGCUCCAGGCGAUCGGUUCGUUUUGUAAUCUAGUAAACGAAGGCAGCAUUACACCCGCUCAAGGCCUAAUGGAUUCGUUUAGCAAACACUGGCAAUGGGCUAAAGACAUGCUGGGCAUGAUUGAGAAAAACACUUUGAGACUGGUGUUUGUGCAAGAGAGAGGCAAAGUUUACAGGCACAUUUUAUCGUUGCCUUCGUAUUCUCAAACAGAGACGAACGGCAGCAAAACUUGGAGCGCCAAGCGUAGAAAUGUGCGCUCUAUCGAAAGACGAUCUACUUUGCCAGGAAGGAACUAUUUUAAUUCGCUUUUAGAGUCACCGAGUUAUUUAGAGUCACCGCAGCAUGAAAUACUGAAGCUCAACAGUCCUCUCACUUUAAUAUUGAGUAGAAGAUAUCGUUUGGGACAGCACAGGUGUGCUGGAGAUUUGUUUAAAACCAUGGCUGCUAUGCAGAAAUUAAGCGUUUUCCGAGAAGCCACUUCCUCUUUGGCCAAAGAAGAUCAGCUUAGGCUGCUAAAUAUAAUUGAAAAUAUACAUACGGCCAAAGCUAAGAAAUCUUUGGCCAAAAAAUGGUCUAGCACGUUGCCUCAAAGUAGCAAAAUAAACCCUUUCGGACAGAAAUACACGCCAGUGGAGGAAAGUGCAGGUAUCAGAAUCGCCCCCGAGAAGUCCAAAAAGGUUCUGGCCAGAAACGAAAGUUUGCUCGAUAGAAGCAGAGCCGCACGUUUGAGGGAGGACAACAACGUGUUUUUGUUACAGGAAAAUUUCCGAAUCACCACUUUAGUCAAUAGGUUGUAGUGGAGUAUUUUCAAAUAUACAUAAUAUAUUUU